CAUUGAGAUGACUGAAAAGUUCACCUUCGAUCCCAAGGCUGGCAUCGACAACCCAGCGCUGGUCAUCACAGAGGAAACAGAUGUGAACUUUGUCCCCACUCCCCGGCGCUGCCGCCUGAGGCGCUCCAACGAGGAGACUUUUGGCUUCUGCCUGCGUCUGGAGGAGGCUACUGAGGGUCAUGUGAUCAGACAGGUGGAGCCCUGGAGCCUCGCAGAACGCAGUGGACUCCAGGACGGAGACCGCGUGCUGGAGAUCAACGGGGACUUUGUGGACCACCUGGAGCACUACAAGGUUGUACAAAGAAUCCAAGUGAGCGGAUUGGUGGUGUCCCUCCUGGUACUGGCUGGACCAGACUAUGAACGGGCACGAGCGCUAGGAAUGGACCUAAGGUCUUUGGCAUGGAUGCAUGGACCUCACCUGGACCACAGAACUCCUCGACUUUGUUACAUCACAGCAGAUGUCAAUGCAAGCUUUGGUUUCAGCAUCCAACCCACAGAGGGUUUGAAGGAUAAGGUCAUUCUCAACACAACAGCCAAUGGACCAGCUGAGGCAGCAGGAGUUCAAAAUGGAGACAGACUGAUCUGGAUUGACGGCACAGAUGUGUCUGACCUGACACGCUCGGCACUGAACAAGAUGGUUCGCAAGUGCCGCAAUCAUGUGACCUUGCUGGUGAUUGACAGUACCAGCGAGGAGAGUUACACACAGAGAGGCAUCACUAUAGUACCCGCAAUGGCAAAACCUAGCAACCUGCCCCACUUUCCACACAAGCUGUUCUUGACACAGGGACCAGAGGGUUAUGGCUUUCUGCUCCGUCAAGAGAGGACGUCUGCGGGGAGAAUAGCUCAUUUCCUUCGAGAAGUGGAUCAGAAAAGCCCAGCUGAGCAUGCUGGGAUGCGUGAUGGGGACCUUCUUCUGGCUGUGAAUGGAGAUCCAGUGGAUGAUUUGGAACAUGAAGACAUAGUCGCCAAAAUUCGGGCGAGUGGCAGUCAGGUAACCCUAACUGUCAUUGAUAGCAAAGGCAGCGACUUCUACGCUCAGCUGCACCUCUCUCCCCUUGCCUUUGUGGGCCACUUGGAACUGAAGGAAGAAGAAAGCAGGGUACAAGAAAAAGUGCCUACGUUCUGAGGAGCUCUGCAUCCUCACAGCUUCAUCUGAAAGGUGCUAUGAUGGGGAUACGUCACUUAAUAGAUUGGAGGUGUGACUCAGUGGUCCAGUGGUAAGUGAUGCUGUCUCACAGCUCCAGUGGUCACAGUCUCAGUCCCAUCCUGGGUACCGUCUGCAUGGAGUUUACAUGCCCUCCACAUAUCUGUGUGCAUCUUCCCUUCAGGUACUCUGCUUCUCCACCCACAUUCCAAAAACACGUCUUAGGUGAAUUUUCAGCUGUGCAAUUGGGUCCAGUGUGGGAGUGCGUUUGCGUGUGAACAUACCCUGCACUGGACCGGUACCUGCUUUAUGCCAUUAAGAUACCUACUGGAAAAUUUGAAACAGGAGAAUCUGGUUAGAAAAUGGACAAAUGGACAGAUUGGUGUGGGAGAAAGGGUAGGCCACCAAGAUAAGUACAAGAGACCUAAAUCUGGAGAAUCUAUUUAGAAAUGGAUGAAUGGACAGAUUGGUGUGGAGGAGAGGUCUACUGUGGCAUAGAGUUUAGAAACUGGGGUUGGAGCUAUCUCAUAACCAAUGGUGAAUUAUACUGGGACCAGAGAUACUUGAGAUAGUGCAUUGAAUAACAUUUACGGUGGUGUCCUAUCACAAUGAAGUCCUACAGUAGGGAGGGACAAAAAUGUAAAAGGGGGGUCAACUGUUUCUGGGUGGGUGUGCAGCAAUGGACAGCACUUCUUCAAUGUGAUGAAUUGGCAUUGGGCAGGCCUAUCAUUAAAUUAAAGUUGAAGUAUUGGAGUUGAGUUAUUGAGUAACAUUUGAGGGGAAUGGGGGACACCAGUAGAUUCGGAAAAUAUUCAGAGACCCCUUCCUGUUUUUUUCACAAUUUCUUAUGCUGCAGCCUUCUACUAAAAUUGUUUCAGUUCAUCUUUCCCCUCCUCAAACAGCAGUCAAUACCCCAGGAUGACAAAGCGAACACAAGAGUUUACUAUUUUUUUCAAAUGUAUCAAAAAUCAAAAAGUGAAAUAUCACAUUGACAUUUCUUGCUUGUUACAUUUCUGUAUUUCUUCAGCUUCUUUAUUUCAAGAACAGCAGAAGCAUCAACCAUAAUAUCAGAUUCCCAUGCAUCCUCCUACACAUCCACUUACAUUGGGACAUCUUGAAACUGCUGUUUAACCCACGGCACCUCCAAGGGGUGGAAAAGGGGGGCCAAGGCCAGCAUAUUAAAAUACUGUGCACCCCACUGGCCACUUACAGGAGUUGACUCCAAUUGGUUGUCCAAGAUGGUGAAGUUGAUUCCAUUGGGUGGUCCAAGAUGGUGGAGUUGACUCCAAUGGGUGGUCCAUGUGGAUGGGGUAGACUUCAAUGGGUGAUCUCCAAGU